AUGCCAUACGUCGAAGGUGGGUAUGCCCAGAGAGUUUUAUCUACGAGGCCGAGUAACGAAUAUCAAGAAGGGCCGGAAGACGAGAGCUGGAUCCGCGAAUUCGACGUUCCAUUCAAACCCAAAAGACCUGGGAGCCAAAUCUUCGACAGCCAGACUUACCCAGUGAAACGCCCUCGAAAUACCCUCGAAGCUUCACAUCCAUAUGGCAGGCAAGAGGAGAUUCACCCGAGGAUCAAUGUAAACAUCAAUGGUCACCCUUCGCGACAUAUACUGGCUCCCGCAAAUCUCCUCCACGAACAAGCACAGUAUGGGCCAAAUAUCCCACAGUCGAACCGGGUGCAGUCUAUGCCAUAUCAUCAAACAAGCACCCAGCCAAAUACGAUGGACUUCCAUCCUCGUCACCCCUCAAUAUCUGCCCAGGCAAACCAAACACAGGGAAAUUUUGCCAGUCCUCAUCAACCUGCUCCACAAGGAAACCAUAUCUCACCUCCAAGGCCACCUUCGUACGCUGAAUCGGAUCUUCGACAACCUGACGGCAAAAAAUCCUUGGUCCAGCCUUUUCGCCCAAACCAGAAUAUCUCAAACCAGCUUUUCCAGCCACAGAACCUACAAGGUUCACGUGCCUCCAGUGUUGCACCACCACAGGGACACGCAGGUGUCCGUGGAAACAUCGACUUCAAAAUCACACGACACCAGAGCGUGCCGCCUUCGCCUGUACCUCACCAGCGCCCCGCACAGUAUGCUGCAUCCGGAGCUGGGGCUUCGGGCUACGGCUCUCAACCUCCCCUUCAAGGAUUUCAACCCCCCCCUCAAGGAUUCAUACCUUCACCUCGAGGGCCUCAAAAUCUGACCCAAGGAUUCCAACCUUCUGCUCAAGGAUUCCAGCCUUCUCCUCAAAGGUUUCUUCCACCUUCACCAAUGCAGGCACGACCAGACACAAUAUCACGGACUGAUUUACAGCCUCGGAGUGAAACUAGCAUCGCUAAUGACACAAAUAUCUCAAAACUUCCUGUUGUGAAACGGACUGGGCCAUUUAUAAUUGAUGACGACGAGAAGGGAAUUAGGCAACCUGAAAGUCUUAUCACCAACAGCGAAACAAGGGGCAACACAGCUACAGCUUAUCAGACCCCAGCGCCUACAAUAAACUUCGCCCAAGGACGCCGGGGGGUUCGCAGCUUAACCUCUGGUCUUGACGAUCCACCAGAUCGAAAAAAUGACGCUCACAACCAAACCCGGAAGAACAAACCCGCGCUAAAAAGGUCAAAGAAGGACGAAGACGCCGCCUCGGAGAAAAUACGGGAGCAAUCUGAAGCUUAUGCUAAAAUCCAGGAGAAACAGGAUAUGGCAGCCAAGGCCAAGGAUACAGAUGCCCUAUUCGAGGAACCCAUCAACGAAGCAGCCCGGGCGCGAAUCCAGGCAGACAUACACAAAGAAGAAACGCGCAAACGGGAAGCAGAAGUCAGAAGGAGGUACAGGGAGGGUCUGGCCCAAGAAUUGGAAACUAUACAGAAAGAAAAUGCUGAGCGCGAAAAGGCGCGGAAAGAGGCUGAAAGGGCCGAAAGAGCAUCGAAGAAAGCCAAGACUCAAGAGGAACGAGAGGCAAUCCAGAAGACUCGAGAGGAAGAAGAAAAGAAACGACACGAUGAGCAAAAACGCAACGCGGAAGAGCUUCUACGGAGGAAAAGGCAAGAGCAAAGCGAGCGAGAAGCUGCCGUUUUAGAAAAGGAAGCUGCGGCCGAGCGCAAGCGACAGCAAGAUGCCGAAAACCUAAAGGAAAAACUUGAAGCUUCUAAACAGGCUGCUAUAAGCUUGAAGCCAGCCAGAAAGGGCCAAGGCGGACGAGAGGAAGAGGGCGGAAGGGCCACAGCGGAAGACAUGGAGAUACCUGAGCCUCCAGUUGACGACGACGGAGGGCUUUUCGUCCCGGAGUGGGUUGUCAUUGAGAGUCCAGAUGAAACCUAUGCACCAACGGGUAGGAGUGUAGCAGUUCACCUCAGGGGAGAUAUCCCACGCCAGCCUUUGACGCCAACAUCUCCACCAAAGAUCGAUUCCAUACCAAAUAUAGAGAAGAGAGCAUCCAAUAUCGCCGGAACAAUAAAAGGGAUACCUGGCUCCGAUAAUAUUUCCCUUCGAGCGAAGGCAGGCUGGAGGGGGUCGAUAAAAGCAAAUACUGAGACAAAAGUUGCCAGCAUAGUAAUCGAACACCACAAGGAGAUAAUAUCAGCAGACCAAAAGAGGCACGACGAAGCUUUAGCCCAGGCACGAGCACGUGAAAGAACCGAAUUGAAGGAGGAUCUUGUUGAUUCAUUCCAGACGCUUACCUCGACCCUGAUAGAGGAAGUUCAGGGACAGCUAAAGGCAGCCGUGGUUCAAGUCUUAAAUGUGCGAAUUCCUGCCAUGCCCAUGAAUGCGAGGAAUGGACCAAACCCGGCGAGCGCUAUUACAGUCUCUCCAAAGAAAUAUGCCUCGGAGACUCAGUGCUUCUUGGGCCGUAAACCUAUCAAGCAACCAAAGGAGCUUACGCCAUUUGGAGAAAAGAGCCCGAGCGACAAUGAGGCGAAGAGACGUGAGAAAGACGAAAUGCGCCUGGCUGAAAAGGCAAAGAAAAGAUUCGAGGUCAAACUCCACAGGGAUAACGCAGAACAAGGCAGAUAUAUGAGUGAAUAUGAAUUCAGGUCCACUAUAGAGGGACAGGUGAAAGAAUACCGAGAAAAGCGAGAGAAAAAAUAUGAAAAAGAGCAGAGGAUGAUGCCCCAUGGUGGAGGGAGACCACAAGGUCAAGCCCGUUUUGGGUAUGAAGACAUUGACUUCAAGGAGGGUGACUCUACUAGACCCAGCAAAUCCAACUCCCAGAGCGAUAAGGGUCGAUGCGGGGGGGUUAUGGCGCGGUUGCGCGAAUCCAACGGUUCUCUGGGCCAUUUCCAACAAGCUGCAGCCGCAAAAAUAGUUGACGACAGAAUGCACCACUUGAGAGAUGACGGCGACAGUGAAAGCGAAGUCUCGGAAGAAGAUCCUGAUGACGACGAGUCAGACACUAUUCUAAUACGCCAGCCAAAGUUGACUGAACCUUCGAAUCACUGGGACCGUGCUUCUGAUAUCAAAGCAACUGGAGCUGAUAGAAUGGCAACCUUCGAAUAUGACAACAAGCCUACGCAGGUGAUAAAGCCUCGCCACCUCCAAGACAAAGAAAUGGUGAACAUCUUUUCGGUGCAACGAUCGGAAAUUAAAGAUGAAGAAAAAUCUCUGGCUAUCACUAUAAAACAGUUUUUUGAUAGAGACGAUGCGAAUGAAUUUGCAGAAGAAGAGAUCAGACGAACUCGUUGGGGCCCAGCAAUGUUUAGACCUCAGAUAACACAAUGGUAUUCGAAGGAGACAGGACUGUUCCACGGCAGGGCCUACAUCGACUCCGAAGAGAACAUAGUCGAAUGUGUCGAUGUAGCGGUACAGGCCCAGUAUAUCGGAGAUUUGGAGUUUGCGCAUGAAAAAGUCAAGCCCAAAUUAGAGCCCAAACUAUAUAUUAUUUUCAAGUCAAUAACCAAGAGGGUUCGAACUACUAUGGGUUCAGAUGAUGAUGAUGAGGCCAGCGAGAACGGAGCGUCCGAACAAAACAUUGAAUCGGAUGAGAGCGAAGAGGCAGAACAAAGCAUGGAGAUAGACCAGAAUGGCGAGCCAGAACAACCCAUGGAGGCAGACCAGGCUCGCGCAGCAGAACAAGUCAUGGGGACUAAUCAGAAUGGCGAGGAAGAACAGAACAAAGAGACAGAGCACGACACGGACAAUAAUCAGAAUGUUAAUGAAAAAUCCGACGAUCACAAAAGUGGUAGCUCCAGGGAACCUGGCGGGGACGGAAUCGAUGCCCUAUUCGAAGAAGAGGCAGAAGUUGAACCUUCCGACAACUCUGGCCAUAUUUUGGCGGCCGACGUGCAUCAGCUGUCUCUUGACUCCAAAUGCUCUGAAGCAAAGCCCGAAAUGAUGCUCACUCAAACCUGCAAGCCGGUUGGGGCAUAUGCUGAGCGUGAGUUGGCCAACAAGCGAGCUUCCGAGAUAUUUCUUGCAGAAAUUAGGCCUGUUGGAGGCGAUAUUUCCCAGCUUGUUGCAUUCCAAAACGAUGCCGUGAAGCCGGUCAGAGAGAGCCUGGAAAGCCAUAAUAGAUCCGGGGAAUUGUUCUCGGCCUCAAACGAUUACGCAAACAGUGGUGAGAUUCGGAUCUGGGUUGAGGACUUCGAGAUCAUGGGGCCAUCGAAUUGA